GUGUCUUGCGGCGAGUUCCGACUUUCUUAUCUUCUAUUCUGAUAAAUCCCUUCACCAAUGUACUGGAAUUCACCAUUUACUCCGUACGAAAUACCCAACAAUGGCUUAUCAAAAUUAUAUCCCUCUACUCCUACAUCGACUGGGGGUAAUGCGUGGGAAUCUCUUUCGACCUUCUAUAUUCAUAAAUUCAUUCUUCUCCAUUCGGUCGUUUCCGCCGCUCAUACUUUGAUACUUAAGCCAUGGACUCUCCAUAAUCAUUUAAAGCCAAAAGCUAAACAAAAAGUUGCUACAGCUUCCUUUCCGUAUAUUCUUACACGCUGAAUAUAUCAUUAAACUCGGACAAUCAAUAUGGCCGUCAAGACCUUGGAAGUAAAGUCUAUCUCUUUGCCAGGUAAUUCCUCUCUCGACUUCGGGGCCGAGAUCGACAAAGUCAAUCUGGAGAGCCUCAGCCAAGAGGACUUCAAAGCCAUUCGCAAUGCAUUAUACAAAUACCAUGUCGUAGUUCUCAAGAACCAGGCUGGUCUCUCUCCCAAAGCUCAAUAUGAGCUCACUCGCAGAUUCGAUCCUACUGCCGGUAAGUUGUGUUUUCUAUUGUAUAAAGAACCGCAUCUAAUCAUUUACCCAGAAACGUAUGGGCAUGGCAAAACGCUUGAUGCGAAACGAUCAGUCCUUCAUCCAGAUUUGAAAACCAUCCCUCAUCAAACGCAAGUCCAGGUCAUUGGAAACGGAUUUUAUGAAGAAUAUGAAGGGUUGAAGAACAUUACACUUAAGCACCCUCAUCACAAAGUCUUCCACAAAACCGCUGUUCCCGAAGAAGAUGAUCUUGCAUUUACCCGUUUCUACAGAUGGCAUGUUGAUGCUGCUCUUUAUGCCCUCAAUCCACCAAAAGUAACAUCUUUGAUGGCUGUUAAGGUUCCUGCCGGCCGUCGGCAAACUCUUCGUUAUGAUGAUGGGACUGGUGAAGAAAUGGACGUUCCUCUUGGUACCACCGCUUUCGUCUCUGGUCAAAAUAUGUACAACCUGUUAAGCGAGGACGAUAAGGAGUUCGUUCGCGAAGCAAAAGUAGAAUACGCGCCACAUCCAUAUAUUUGGAUGUCUCCUGCCAAAUCUCGCUCUACUGGUCUCGGUAUGGUUUCCGAUGGAAUCGAAUUACCUCUGUCCGAACUUCCUCCGGUUGACGAGAAGGAUAUCAAGAUUUUGCCCAUGUGUUGGAAGAAUCCUGUCACUGGUAAUUUGGCACUUCAGAUCCAUCCUAGCGCCAUCAAAGCCAUUCAUCUUCCGAACGGAGAGGUCAUGACUGAUUUGAAGGAAGUGAGAGAUUUGGUUUAUCGCCUCCAACGACCAGCUAUCAGUCCUCAAUUCGUGUAUCCACACGACUGGGUCGAAGGUGACCUGGUCUUGUUCAACAACCAAGGAGUAUUACAUUCGGUAGUUGGCGCAUUCAGUCCCCAGGAGAAGAGACUAUUUAGACAAUGUAACAUGGCUUCUUCCGAGGGAGUUAUGGGACCUGAUGGCAAGCUCUACUAGGUUUGAGGAAUGAGGUGGGGGUUGGUUAUUUGAUUUUUUUUAUCUGUUUUGAAGAUAGGUUACGAACUCGGCGUUUUUCUGCGUAUCAAAGCCUCGCCAUCAUCGGGAGGAACUCGGCGUUUGAUAACGUAACAAGCGUAUACCCCUUUUUGCUUGGUUACAAUAAAUAUAGCAACUUGGCAAGUAAUCUUAGAUUUUGAAUAUAAGAUUCUUGAAGUUUUUGAAUGCACCUGC